AUCCGAGCCGAAGUUUGGGGUUUCUUGGUAGUUGGGCGAAGGAAAGGGUUUUACACUCUUCACUCUCUGAGCUCUCUUCCCUCCACGUAGCAGCCGCAGUCAAGAAGAAGGAAAUCACCUCCUUCUUCUUCUUCUUCUCAUUUGUUAUAUUUAUUUUCAUUCAAGUCUUACGCAGUUGGAUCCAGACGCAAAUCCUUAGAAUAAUCUGCAAUGGCCACUCUCUUUCCUCCUACAACCACUGUUCCUCCAGCUGGUUCCAAACCGGCGGCUGUUGAACCGGAGAAAGUUGAUUAUUCGAACUUGCCUUGCCCUAUUCCCUAUGAAGAAAUUCACCGCGAAGCUCUCAUGUCUUUAAAGCCAGAACUUUUUGAAGGAUUGCGCUUUGAUUUCACCAAAGGACUUAAUCAGAGAUUUUCACUCAGUCACAGUGUACUUAUGGGCCCCACAGAACUUCCUUCUCAGUCUACAGAGACAAUCAAAAUUCCAACAGCUCACUAUGAGUUUGGUGCUAACUUUAUAGAUCCGAAGCUGAUGCUUUUCGGCAGAGUAUUGACAGACGGAAGGGUUAAUGCUAGAGUGAAGUGUGAUUUAUCUGAGAAUCUUACCUUGAAGGCGAAUGGUCAGUUGACCGGUGAGCCACACAUGUCGCAUGGCAUGGUUAAUUUCGACUACAAGGGAAAAGAUCACAGGUCCCAAUUUCAACUCGGGAAUGGUGCAUUAUUUGGUGCCAGCUACAUCCAGAGUGUCACUCCACAUUUGUCUCUGGGUGGGGAAGUAUUCUGGGCUGGCCAGCACCGGAAAUCUGGCAUUGGUUAUGCUGCUCGCUAUAAUACUGAUAAGAUGGUUGCCACUGGGCAAGUUGCUAGCACUGGUAUGGUCGCACUAAGCUAUGUUCAGAAAGUUUCUGAAAAGGUCUCUCUUGCAUCAGACUUUAUGUACAACUACAUGUCCAGAGAUGUGACGGCAAGUUUUGGUUAUGAUUACAUCCUCCGGCAGUGUCGUCUUAGAGGUAAAAUUGAUUCAAAUGGCUGCGUUGCUGCUUUCCUGGAAGAGCGCUUGAACAUGGGUCUUAAUUUCAUUCUUUCAGCUGAGGUUGACCAUAAAAAGAAAGACUACAAGUUUGGUUUCGGGCUUACAGUGGGAGAAUAGGGAGGGUGGGUUUGGAGAUUUAGUUUUUAGAAGUUGAUCACAAGGGUUGGAACUCAAAGCAUCUUUACUCAGUAUUCUUUUUCUACGCGAUAAGGAUCAAAGCAUCAGUUUUGUAAUUUUGUCGAGCGACAUUGUUGUGCAAUCACUGCUGCAGCCAUCGAUCAUUACUUGAUUUUGUAGUUUGGGAUGUUUAUAUGCCAGUUUGUAGUUGUAGAGUUCACUUUUAUUCAGAAUGAGAGAGCCCAUUUGGCUACUCCACCACUUGAAGAUGGGUAAUAAUUCUAAAGCUUGAAUAGCACAUUUGACUACUGGACCA